UGAGCAAAACGGAUCUAGUACAACACCUACAUAUAAUUGAGCAAAAACAAAUGUGCUUUCAAUUCUUCGAAUGGAAGGAAUAAAUCUUUCAACCAACGGUGAUAAUGAAUUUUUUAUUCAUCUGAUCUUCUGACACCUUAUGUGAAAUUGUUUGAAUUAUAAAUGAUGCAACCGUUUUUCCGUGGGUAUAUAAACCGAAUCACUUCGAAUUGGUGAUCAAAAUAGUUCGACAGCUUGAAUUGAUAAAAAGUGGAUAAACAAGAAGUGCACACAGAAUGGCAAAAGCCAUUAGAAUUUUAAUUUUAAUUUUUGUCUGGGUAAAAUAUUCUCAAGCAAACGACUUUCCAUCGCUACUUGUAGCCAAUGCAACCGUUGGUGUAAUCAUCGACCAUGAAUAUCUCGGCGAAGAGUACGAAAAAACCUUUGAAAAAAUGAAGGAAAUAAUCGAACGAGUCAUUCGAGAAGAUUUAAAAGGAGCCGGAUUAAACAUAAAAUACUAUUCAUGGAGCAAAAUUAAUUUCAAUAAAGAUUUCACAGCAAUAUUUUCAAUAGCCAGUUGUACUUCCACUUGGGAAAUAUUUGAGCAUGUUCAAAGGGAACGUCUACUUCUCAUGGCUAUCACAGAUCCCGACUGUCCACGUCUUCCUUUGCACGAAGCAUUAACUAUUCCUCGCAUUAAAAUUGGAGUUGAAUUGCCUCAAAUUAUUUUGGAUAUUCGGACAUCACAUUUAGUGAACUGGAAAACAGCGACGAUUCUCUACGAUGAUAUUUUUGAUCGUGAUACAAUCAGUCGCGUAGCAAAUGCACUCAGUGUUGAAAGUGCAUCGUUGGCAAUGUCAAUAUCACUGUUAAAACUGAAUAGCAGCACAGAUGUGUAUGAACGUCGUGAAAAUAUCAAGAAGAGUUUGUUGAGUUUUCCCAUUAGAAAUGUUGGUUCAAAUUUUCUGGUGAUUGCAACGAUUCCUAUGACGAUAAUUGAAGUGGCGACGGAAAUGAAUAUGAUUAAUACUGGAAGUCAGUGGAUGUUUUUGAUAUCAAAUCCACGUAAAACAAAUGUAAGCCAAUUGAUGACAUACGUGAAAGAAGGCGGAAAUGUGGCAAUUGCAUCGAAUAAUACAAUUAUUAAUGGCAGUUGUUCGAUGGGCGAAGAUUGCUUGUACCAUGAAUUAUUUAAAAAUUUUGCAAUGUCUCUGUCGAAAUUGGUGCGUGAAGAAGAAGCAAUUUAUAGUCAAAUUUCAGACGAAGAAUGGGAAUCGAUUAGAUUAUCAAAACGAGAACGUCGUGAUAGCAUGCUGGAAUUUAUAAAGGAACGUUUACGGGAGGAACAAUUAUGUAAACCAUGUGUAAAUUGGAAAUUCGAAUCGAUCGAAACGUGGGGCUUACGAUUUGAUAUGUCUGAAAGUGGAAAAUUGAAGCCAUUUAAACCGGUGUCGACGUAUACAGCUGUUUGGGAACCAACAAACGGUUUUAUUCAUUAUGAUAAAAUAUAUCCACAUAUUGCUCAUGGUUUUCGCAAUAGAAGCGUUCCUAUUGCUAUUUAUCAUAAUCCUCCAUGGCAGAUUGUUAGUUACAACGAUGCUGGUCAAGUAACAGGUAUGCGUGGCGUCACCGUUAAUAUUCUUAAAGAAUUGGCCGAUAAACUAAACUUUACUUACCUAGUGCAUAAUGUUGAAAGAAAUGUUAAUCGGAGUGGAUAUAGCUUUUGGGACGAUUUCAACGUAACGGCUGAUGAUGACAUAAAAUCUACAUUCAAUUUACCGGUCGAUAUACUUGAAUUAGUAACCGAUAACAUGGUACUAUUUGGAGCAGUUGGAUUAACAGUACACGAAACGUAUGAAAAGAUGAUAAACUAUACGUAUCCAAUAAGUGUUCAAGCAUACGGAAUGAUGAUACCGCGACCAAAAGAGCUCAGUCGUCUAUACCUAUUUCUCUCUCCAUUCACUUUGGAAACUUGGCUUUGUUUGUCAUUCACAAUAGCUUUAAUUGGUCCGCUAUUUUAUGCUGUACACUAUCUAAGUCCGUAUCAUGAACAUCAUCAAAUUACGAAAAAGGGUGGAUUAUUUAAAGUCCAAAAUUGCUUUUGGUACAUGUAUGGUGCCCUUCUUCAACAAGGUGGUAUGUAUUUACCGAGAUCGGACAGUGGAAGAAUCAUUGUUGGUACAUGGUGGAUGGUGGUACUUGUUGUUGUUGCUAUAUACUGUGGCAAUUUAGUCGCUUUUUUAACCUUUCCCAAGAUGGAGAUUUCAGUAAAUUCAAUUAGUCAAUUGGUCAAGUCACAGGAGCAAGGUGGAUUCACAUGGAGCAUUCGAUCAAAUACAUUUCUGGAAUCAUUUCUUAAAGAAACCGAUAUUGAGAAAUAUGUUAAAUUGAAUGAAAGCACGGAGAAUCAUGAAAUAGUUUCCAAAAGCACAAUAUCUCGUGUACGUUCUGGCAAACAUAUAAUAAUUGAUUGGGAAACUAAUCUACUGCAUAUUAUGCGCAAAGAAUAUCUUGAGACGGAUAAAUGCGAAUUCACAUUGAUAUUUCUAUGUAUAUUUUCAGGCAAUGAGAAGUUUCUAGAUGAAAAGAUCGGUUUGAUACUGCCAGCCAAUAGCCCUUAUUUGAAUAUAAUCAAUGAUGAAAUCUACCGAAUGCUACAAAUGGGCUUCAUUAACCGAUGGCUUAGUGAAUAUUUACCAAAAAAAGAUCGUUGCACCAGCAAAAUAAGUAGCAUGGAAAUCGAAAACCAUACUGUGAAUCUGGCUGAUAUGCAAGGAUGUUUCCUUGUAUUAAUUGCAGGUAUAAUUGCUGCAAUAUUUAUCAUAAUGAUAGAAUGCUGUUGCCGCCGAUACAGAGUGUUAGAUGAUAAAAAACUAAUCAAACCGUUUGUUAAGUAACAACAACAAAAAAACUGUUAGUUUCUAUUCUACGGAAGGGAAUGGUAUCUUAUCAGACGAUAGAACCAAAAAAACUGACGCAUUAACACAGAAAGAUUGUGUUCGCACAUUUAUGCAAGAUUUCAUGGUUUAUUGUUUAUCGUAUUAAUUUCGAAACCAUUAACCAGCAAAUCAAAUUUGUGUUUUAUGUUUAUCACAGUCAUUAUAUACAGAAAACAUCGAUUGAUGAAGGGUACGAUUAUUUUCAAAAAAAAAAAACAUUAUAAUCAAAACAUUCAUUUCAAAAAUGUAAAAAUUUCAUUCGUUUAAGAAAGAUUGACGAAUGCGAUGUUUUUUGUUAAUAUUUGUUCUCGGUUAUCAGAUUAUUGCAAUCGUGUGCGAAUGGCAUUUAUAAGACUCGAUUAUUUUAUAUACUAUAAUGCGAAUUUCUAUGGGUUUAUGUUAUUAUGUUAUUUUUUUAAUUUCGGACAAUUUGCACGAGUUAGAAAUGUUAUAGAGAGCUUGUUACAAUUAUAAUAGAAGUUUAAAAAGGAAAUAUUUAAAGCGUUCAUUAACACAUUACGCACAUCUAAUACUACUAGCAUUAUGCUAGCAAUUCUCAUAGCGUUAGCAGGGCCUAGCCGCUUUUUUAUUAGACAAUAAUCUCAAUUUUAUGAACGAGAUUUUAAUGUGGUCUUUGACACUCUGUUUGCUUAUCGUUUUAUUUGUUUUCAAAAACAAAAUUUCGGAAGAAUUUGGCAUUGACGCACGGUAUUUUGUCCGACUCAAAAAUACUUUUGACACACUUAAAUCUCAUCCAGCUUAAAUUGCAGCUAGUAUGGAACUUUAUCUUUCUGGGAAGUUGACAUCUAACUAGAAUACGUGAAGAUCUUUUUUUUGUGAAGCACCUUCUCACAUUUUUUUCACAAAAGUUUUUCCAGAGAUUUUUCAUUCAAGAAUAGUUGAUCGGAAAUCUGCUUCCGGGAAAUAAUCUUAUAAUACCCAAUUAAUUAACGAACCGUCAAAUAGAAUAUUAAAAAUUUGAAACCAAAUUGAAUUCUAAGAUCUUCAGAAAAUUUAUAACUUUCAAAAAAGCAUGCAUCUUGCAAUUCAAAUUAAUUCACUUAAUCGAACAUCCUACUCUGCAACAAUGUUAUCUCAUUAAAUGACUUUACUUUUAUCGCAUUCUCAACGAAUAUUAUAAUAGUUUUUUUAUACAGAUAUUCUUCAAAUUAUUAUUAAAUAAAAGUAAAAAUAUAUUUCAUGUUUUA